UCAAACUCAUAUGGACAAUGAUAACAGAAAGACGUGGUUGCAAGCCUGUUUGAGUGUUGGUACUAAUAUAAAUUGCCAUUGAUAUAAAAUCUUUAGUCUUGGGGGGAAGCAAAAAGUUGGUACAUUGCAGUUUGCAGGAGGUGAGUGAAGAAGGAUGGAAGUGAAAGAUCUUGAAUUUUUUAUGGUUCCACUUGGCUUUGCGGUGCUGGUGAGCUACCAUCUUUGGCUGAUAAUCACCAUUUACAGAAGGCCUAAAAGAACAGUAAUCGGAGUCAACGCUGAGUCUCGCAGACAAUGGGUCUCCACCAUGAUUUCAGACCCUGCAAAGAAUGGUGUUCUUGCUGUUCAAACCAUACGAAACAACAUCAUGGCUUCUACGCUUAUGGCCACGACGACGAUCACCAUCGGCUCAUUGAUCAGUGUUUUUGUGAGCAGCACAUCAAGUACUGGAAAGUACCGUUACAUUGUAUUGUGUUUUCUUGUUGCCUUCCUUUGCAAUGUGCAGUCUAUUAGAUACUAUGCUCAUGCCAGCUUCUUAGUCACUUUGCCUGAUGGUGAAGGAAGAAAAGAGUAUCUUGCUGCUAUAUUGAAUCGAGGAAGUUUAUUUUGGUCGCUCGGAUUACGAGCUUUCUAUUUCACAAUUCCUCUCUUCCUCUGGAUCUUUGGGCCUCUAUCAAUGUUUGCGAGUUGUUACCUGAUAACAUUUGUUCUUUACUUCUUGGACUAUACUGGAUCUUCCAAGUAUGAUCCUUAUGAAUAUGUACAAAAGGAAGAAGCGAACAACAAUGACAUUGAAUCAGUUGGUCAAUCAAGGGGAGUCAAUCUUGUCGAAAACUCCUCCCUUCAAUCUCCUCUACUUGCAAGUCACAGUAUGACUUCCAACUUAAACGGCUCUGCAAAUCAAAACUGAAACGCAAUUUGCUACAAAGAAGAACAUACUUUACUUCUUUCAUUUAUUCUUAACAUUGAGAAUUGAGUUUUGGGUGAGAUUGAAAGCAAAUUUUCAUUUGUAUAUAAUCCACAGGCAUUGCUUGAAGGUGUGCAAGUGUUUGGCUAUGGGAUAUCUGCUAUGUAAACAUUCAUGUUAUGUAAACGUAGGUAAUAUAUUGUGGUAUGUCGAGUCGAGUUGCCCCA